CUAUCCAUUUCUUUGAGCACUCGGAGAAACGAUGCCUGAGCAAUUGAAGCCUGCGCCCAAGAAGGGCUCCAAGAAGGCGGUGGCCAAGACCGCCGGCAAGGGCGGCAAGAAGAGGAGAAAGUCCCGCAAGGAGAGCUACGCCAUCUACGUGUACAAGGUGCUGAAGCAGGUGCACCCCGACACCGGCAUCUCCUCCAAGGCCAUGGGCAUCAUGAACUCGUUCGUGAGCGACAUCUUCGAGCGCAUCGCCGGCGAGGCCUCCCGCCUGGCGCACUACAACAAGCGCUCCACCAUCACCUCCAGGGAGAUCCAGACCGCCGUGCGCCUGCUGCUGCCCGGCGAGCUGGCCAAACACGCCGUGUCCGAGGGCACCAAGGCCGUGACCAAGUACACCAGCUCCAAGUAAACUGCUCCGGAGACUCCAACAGACCAACGGCUCUUUUAAGAGCCACACACUCGAUCUACAGACCAACGUCCUUUAUAAAUAUGUUUCAUAUCACGUAUGAAGUCAUCGGUCCAUUAAACUACAGGAGCAGUCUGCUGCCCCCUAGCGACCAACAACAAACUAUAAACGGUCUGAUGUUCGAUCUUCACAUGCGAAGUAAAGUCAAUUGUCGAUCUACUGCCUGUGAUGACUGAAACAUUCACCCUUAAAGAUUAGUGGUGAUUAAUAUAUUAUAGAUAAUUAUAUAGUAUCCUCUAUGCAGAAGGGUUGGGAUUAUAUAACUAAACAACUUUUUGAAUAUGUAAAUUGAAUUAAUCAAAGUUCAUGGUUUUUGUUUUGACUGCCUGCAACGGUACGAUCAUUCAGCUUCAUUAAUAUAAUUUAUUGUUUUUAUUUUCUGUUUUAAUUUUAUUUACAUAUUCAAAAUACACAUUUCAACCAAUCAAUCAAGUGGACCCACAUUUUGGUAAUGAAGUUGCUAAAAUAAUAUUCUAUUCAUGUUCCUGUUUUCCUGACAGAACCUGGUCAGUUGGUACAAACAUGUCAAUGUCGCUUAAUGCAGCCAAAGCUCCAACAGGACGUUAUUAUGAGAUUAAGACGUAAACAUGUGGACACACAAUGACACUAGAAUCAGAACUCGUCAACUUUAUUCAGGUUCUGAUCAUCAGAAAAGUUUUCUGUUACUUGUUUGAAUGUAUUUACGUUUACACAAUGUCAGGACCUUUUCGUCACGUGUUUUCCUCUCGUUGCUUCUAUUUCCAUGUUUAUUAAAUCAAUUCAGUUUUAUUCCUCUUGUGCCAAAUCACAAUAUACAUCGGUUCAAGACACUUUACAUAGUGAUUAUUAGUGUGAACUUAUUUAUUGUAAACCCUGUUUUUAAAGGUGCAAGUGAAUAAAACUAAUCCAAUAAUUA